AUGGCCAAGGCCCAGGGAUCGUUAUCAUUUGAGGAUGUGGCUGUGGACUUCACCAGGGAGGAGUGGUGGUUUUUGGACCCAUCUCAAAAGGACCUGUAUAAGGAAGUAAUGUUGGAGAACUACAACAACCUAGUGUCAGUAGGAUAUCAAGGUACCAAACCAGAUUCACUCUUCAAGUUGGAGCAAGGAGAACCACUGUGGGUAGUAGAGGGAGCAGCCCAUAGUCAAACCUAUCCAGGUUUUGUUAUCCAGAAUAGAAGAUAUGCAGGAAAGGAUUCUGAUGAGUUUGGUGGAUAUGGAAAAUCAUGUCUCCACAUCAAGCAUGAUAAAACUCUUACUGGAGUUAAAUACCAUGAGCAUGUUAAACAUAGUAGCAACACUAAAUUACAGCUCAGUGACCAUCAAAAAACUUACACAGGAAAGAAACCAUACGAAUGCAGUGAAUGUGGGAAAGCCUUUUUCAAGAAAGCACAGUUCAUUAGACAUCAGAGAAUUGAAAGAGGAGAGAAACCCCAUGGAUGCAAUGAAUGUGGGAAAACAUUUAUGAGGAAGAUUCAGCUCACCGAACAUCAGCGAAUUCACACAGGAGAGAAACCCCAUGAAUGUAAUGAAUGUGGAAAAGCCUUCUCCAGAAAGUCACAGCUCAUGGUACAUCAGAGGACUCAUACGGGAGAGAAACCUUAUGGAUGCAGUGAAUGUGGAAAAGCCUUUAGCCGGAAGUGCCGGCUCAAUAGACAUCAGCGAUCUCAUACUGGAGAGAAACUCUAUGGAUGCAGUGUAUGUGGGAAAUCGUUUUCCCAGAAGGCGUACCUCAUUGCACACCAGAGACUUCACACAGGAGAGAAGCCUUAUGAAUGCAGUGAAUGUGGAAGAACCUUCUUUUUUAAGUCAGACCUGACCAAACAUCAGAGAAUUCAUACAGGAGAGAAACCUUAUGAAUGUAGUGAGUGUGAAAAAGCCUUUAGAAGUAAAUCAAAGCUCAUUCAACAUCAGCGAACUCAUUCUGGAGAGAGACCAUAUGCAUGCAGUGAAUGUGGCAAAGCCUUUGCCCACAUGUCAGUCCUCAUUAAACAUAAGAAAAUUCAUACAAGAGAGAAAGCUGUAAAUUCCUUGAAGAUGGAGAAACCUUCCUCAGUGAGUCUUACCUCUUUAUAUGUGAGUGAACCCAUACAGGAACAAAACCCUAUCAAUACAGUGCCUGUUGAAAUGCCUUCUUCAGGAACCCGGUCCUUAUUAAACAUCAGAGAGCUCCUAGAGGGUAGAAAUGUCAUGAUUGUGGAACAGCCUUUUCGAAGAAGUCAAGCCCCAUUAGGUAGUUGGGAAUUUGCACAGGGAAUAAGCCUUGCAAAUGCAGUGAAUGUGACAACACCUUCAGUAAUAAAUUAUGUCGUAUAUGUUACAGAUAUUGUGUAGGAAAAAAUUCUUUGAUUGCAGACGUGUGGAAAAGCCUUUAGCAAGAAUCCUACAACCAUUACAUGUCAGAGAGCUCAUUUAGGGCAGAAACAAUAAGGAUGCAGCGGUUGGGGAGGACACUUCUAUGAGAAGUUAGACUUACUAAAUAUUAGUGAAAUCAUAUUGGGUAGAAAUGCAGCUAUUAUGGGGAAGCUUUUGCCUGGAAGUGAUAUCUAAUUGGUAUCAAAGAAUCCUCACAGAAAUCUUCAGAAAAGAUUGUGAUGGUGUUUUUAGUGAUGAAUUGUAUGUUAUGUGUCAAAGAAACGUGGACAAUUGUAGAGUCACUGAAUGUGGAAAACAUUUUUAGUAAAAUAUGGGAGAACUUCCAGAAAAGAGAAACCCCUGAAAGCAAGAAAUGAUGGAAAUUCACCAUACUUACUCAUGUGUCACACUUUCAUACCUUGGGAGUCUUGCAAAUACUUCUCUAAUAAAUGAAAUCUUGAAUACCA